AAAGCUCGUCUCUGAACCGGAAGUUGGUUGAGAGAUUUCAAAAGCGAUCCAUCCACGUGCCAAUGUAUAAGUGUGUGUGUGUGUAAACGGCAAACAUCUCUCAUGUGUCGCGUCGAGAUGAACAGGAAGCUGUUGCUGUCGUUCUCUCUGAGCGGAAGCUGUUGGUGUUUAUGGUGUCGGAGGCUCUGGUAGCAGACCCUACAGGAGUGUGUGGCGAUGGAUAGUGAAGGAGAUGUGGGAGAUUGUGCUCUGGAGGACAUUCCCUCCAGCCCGGUGGAGACCGAACAUGUGGAUUCAGACGGCCUGUCGGUGCUGGAGCAGCUGGGUUUGGACCAGAACUCAGAUCUGUCAGACUCCAGUGUUCAGCAGCGACUGGACGAGCAGCGCGAGAGGAUCCGGAGGGAGAUCCGGAAAGAGCUGAAGAUCAAAGCGGGGGCGGAGAACCUGCGGCGGGCCACGACUGACAAACGCAACGCCCAGCAGGUGGAGAGCCAGUUACGCAGCUCCACACGCAAACUGGACUCGCUGCACACUCAACUGCAGGAGCUGGACGCACACAUCGUCAUCAAGGGCCACGACGACAGCAAAGAUGACCUUCAGUCUCUCGGGUCGCCGAGUCGCUCCUCAGCCAAUCAGGACAGGAUUAAGGCUCUGGAGCGACAGCUCAACAUCGAACUGAAGGUCAAACAGGGGGCAGAGAACAUGAUCCCCAUCUACGCCAAUGGGGUUACCAAGGAUAAGAAGAUGCUCCAGUCGGCUCAGCAGAUGCUGCAGGACAGUAAGACGAAGAUCGACAUCAUCCGAAUGCAGAUCCGGAAAGGCGUGCAGGCCACCGAACAGACCGACGACACUCAGGCAGGUAAGCCGGAUCUGUGUGGGAUGGAGCUGCGUAUUGAGGAGCUCUGGCAUCAUUACCGUGUGGAACACGCCAUGGCCGAGGGAGCCAAAAACAUGCUGAGACUCAUGGGAGCUGGGAAAGCACAGGACAAGAAAGCCAUUGCUGAGGCUCAGAGUCGUCUGAGUGAAGCGUCCCAGCGGUUGGAUCUGCUGCGGGUGUCAUUGGAGCAGCGCUUGGGGGAUCUGCCGGAGGAACACCCGAAAGCCUGUCUGAUUAAAGAGGAGCUGGUGCUGGCGUCGUCCUCGGCCUUCAGCUCUCGUCACAGCGCCCCCUACGUCCACAACCAGUACAGCACCAUCUGCAAACCCUCGCCGCUCACCGGUACGCCAGACACACACACACACACACACGUCCUCGGCCUUCAGCUCUCGUCACAGCGCCUACUACGUCCACAACCAGUACAGCACCAUCUGCAAACCCUCGCCGCUCACCGGUACGCCAGACACACACACACACACACACACACGUCCUCGGCCUUCAGCUCCCGUCACAGCGUCCCCUACGUCCACAACCAGUACAGCACCAUCUGCAAACCCUCGCCGCUCACCGGGACACUGCAGGUGCGUCUGCUGGGGUGUGUGGGGCUCCUGGAGCUCGUCCCGGGUCGCAGUCGCUCGUCCCCGCUCGUCCUGCCUCACUUCAGUCCAGGAGACGCGCGCCCCUUCAAACUCACUCUGAGCAGCAGAACCAGCAGCUUCAGCCUGAAGAUCCCCAGCAAGAGUGAAGACCUGUCCGGGGAGGUGAGCGCUGUGUUGAAGCUGGAGAACUGUGUGGUGGGACAGACGAGCUGGAAGAGUGUUGGUGAACAGACCUGGAAUCAGAGCUUCACUCUGGAGCUGGAGAGAUCCCGAGAGAUGGAGAUUGCGGUGUACUGGAGGGACUAUCGCUCGCUCUGCGCUCUGAAGUAUCUAAAGCUGGAGGAUUUCCUGGAUAACCAGAGACACCGGAUACAGCUGGAGCUGGAGCCACAGGGACUUCUGCUGGCCGAGGUGAUGUUCAUCAACCCUGUGAUCGAGAGAGGUCCACGUCUGCAGCGCCAGAGGAAGGUGUUUUCUAAACAGCAGGGGAAAGCGUUCCUGCGCGCUAAACAGAUGAACGUAGACAUGGCCACGUGGGUCCGGCUGCUGAAGAAUGCCAUUCCCAUGAGCUCGUCCACACACAGCUACACACAACACAGCCACACACACAACAGCAGCGAGAUUUCCAUUCAGAAGAUCCAGCUGGACGACGACUCUCCCCCGUCUGUGACCAGGAAAAACACACAGGGGUCCGAGACGGUGGACAUUGGGCUGGUGCCGGAGCCGGUCUCUCCUCCUGAUCCCGCUCCUCCUGAGAGGAAUGUCAGGAUCACUUCCUAUAACUCCCAGCGCAGGUCGUCCAAAAGCCCCCUGUGUCUUCAGGAUUUCCGAAUGAUCGCAGUGCUCGGCCGGGGACAUUUUGGCAAGGUCCUUCUGUCUGAAUACAGACACUCAGGAAAGAUGUACGCCAUCAAAGCCCUGAAGAAAGGGGACAUUGUGGCGCGGGACGAGGUCGAGAGUUUAAUGUGCGAGAAGCGCAUCUUCGAGGCGGUGAACAGCGCGCAGCAUCCGUUCCUGGUGAACCUGUUUGCAUGUUUUCAGACGCCGGAACACGUGUGUUUCGUCAUGGAGUACACGGCCGGCGGUGACCUGAUGAUGCACAUACACGCCGACGUCUUCUCGGAAACACGCUCCGUGUUUUAUUCUGCCUGUGUUGUUUUGGGGCUUCAGUUUCUUCAUGAUAAUAAGAUUGUGUAUCGAGAUCUGAAGCUGGAUAACCUGCUGCUGGAUACUGAAGGCUAUGUGAAAAUCGCAGACUUCGGUCUCUGUAAAGAGGGAAUGGGUCAUGGGGACAGAACCAGCACAUUUUGUGGCACUCCAGAGUUUCUUGCUCCUGAGGUUUUGACUGACACGUCCUACACGAGAGCCGUGGACUGGUGGGGUCUCGGCGUGCUCAUUUACGAGAUGCUGGUCGGAGAGUCACCGUUCCCAGGUGACGAUGAGGAGGAGGUGUUUGACAGCAUUGUAAACGAUGAAGUACGUUACCCAAGAUUCCUCUCCACCGAGGCCAUUGGCAUCAUGAGACGACUGCUGAGGCGUAAUCCCGAGAGACGCCUGGGCUCCGGGGAAAAAGACGCAGAGGACAUACGGAAACAACCGUUCUUUAGAAAUAUGGACUGGGAUGCGCUUUUGCAGCGGCGAGUUCCUCCUCCGUUCGUUCCCGCCUUGACAGGAAAAGAAGACGUCAGUAACUUCGACUCCGAGUUCACCAACGAGGCUCCGACGCUGACACCUCCUCGUGAGCGCCGGAACCUCUCGCGCAAAGACCAGGACUACUUCAGGGACUUCGACUAUGUCUCGGACUUCUGCUAGGGCACAAGGGUGCAAACUGAGGCUGCUAGGUGUGGGAGAUAACGUCCUAGCGUGGUUCUCGCACCUUAGUUCCCAUCAAGGGUGCGUAUCCUGAGGAUUCACUCAGAGAAACAGGGACGCUGACAGGCUAAACGCCUCUGAUGACUGUAGAAGGCACAUCAAACAUGAAGAGAUUCAAGAAUCCAGAUAAUGUGAAGCUCUGCGGUGUAUCUGAAAGCUAGUGGCCAGGAUGUUUUCUCAUCCUAUUUUGGCAGGAUUUUCAGAUGGUCAGUCAGGCUUGUUCAUGACAUUUCCCCAAAUCAGUACCAGACGCUCAAGUAGUCGACUGGGAUCUCAUUACUAGACUGCUGCAGGGAUGAUGUAUUUUUGUGGUCCUAAACCCAGAAACAAGCCUUUUAGCACGUUCAGUUCCAUCACCCUGAAGUCAAUGGGUUUUUUAAAUGGGUUUUGCCUGAAAUAAGGUCUGUGGUGAACACAAGCUUCAACGAUAUUUUCACUUUUUAUGGUGCGGCAUAUAGUACAUCAAUAAUGUAUAAUACAUAAUAUGAUUUUUUUUUUUUCGUCUUCAAAUAAAGCAUUUGCUAACAAGCGUUAAUCGGAC